AUGUAUUAUAUUAAGCCAGGGAAGUCCAGUGUGUGGGUGUGGCUCAGGGGGGCGGGGCCUGAGGGCUCCCCGGGUCCCGGGGGUACGGCGUCGGAGGGCGUCGGCCUCUGCCCUCAGAUGGCCCUGGGGUCCCCAGGGCAGCGCCGGAGGACCGGGUUCUGUGGUUGUGGCUCCUCUCUCUGUUCAGCCUCCUUGCCGUCCGUGGACAGUUACCUGACCGGGUUGGCCCUCAUGACGGGGGUCUACCCGGGAGUAGAGCUGCCCACCCUGCCCAACAUACCCAACGCCGGGCAGCACCCAGUGGAGCUGCAGCUGUUCCCUGGCUUAUGGUUUAGCCACGCAGGUGCUCUGGCGUCGCUGGAGAUGGUGGUCAAGCCCAGCACACGCCCCAGCCUGGCCCGGGUGCAGAUCCUCCGGCCGUACUGCAGUCCCACGCACCAUCUCGUACCCCCAGGCUGCAGCGCUCUUCUGAAUCCGUUCAGCUGCUGCUCAGACGCCCCCCUGUGUAACACCACGGGCGGCUGCGCCGUGGGCCUCUACUGGUGCCAUCUGCGGGAGAUCUGCGUGCCCGUCACCAGCCCCUGUAGCCCCUAUGACCGGUCCCCGGCCGCAGGGGCCAGGUUCAGCUACGCACUGCCCCCCAGAUACCCCGCCACGCCGCCGUUCUACCACGUGGUGGCAGACCUGCCCCUCCGGACGGACGCCGUCCGUGAGCUGACGAUUGUCCGACUGGUCCUGCCUGACAGAAAGUUCACGGUCUAUCCUGACGAUGUUGUGGCCGUGCAACACAACCGCCAGUCAGGGACCUUUGUGCAUUGUCCCGCCCCCGAGUCGCCCUCCAGCUCCCCCUGGCGCCAGAGCUACCUGUCCCUGGGGGGCUCUGAGGGCGGGGGCUGGUGGGAGGGAGGCCUCUCCUCCCCAGACCUGGGGGGCCGCUGGGUCGACGAGGUGGUCUGCAACCUGCGGAUGCUCUACGUGGACGUCUUGCCCGGGAAGAGCCACGCCGUCCCAAACACGGAGCGCCCCCGCGACGUUGACGACCUCCCCGAUACUCGGAUGACCUCGGACCCUGAAGUCGUCUCCCUGAGUCCUGGUCCCGCUCCGCCUCCGGGUCGCAUCACAGGACUGGAGGUCAUCCACCCCCGGCCUGACGGCAACAAACAGCUCCACCUGCAGAUCCAGGUCCCGGUUCUGAGUGUCGUAAGGAUCCGGUCCGGAGGGCCCGACGCCAGCAGCUCCUGGUCGGCUCCGGGGCUCCGGACAGGGGCGCCCUUUCGACCGUUCUGCCCAGAGGAGGUGCCUGAACCCUGGCUUGGCUGCGAGCGAGAGUCCCCGGAUACCUGGUUCUCCUCGGUGACUCUGACGCUGCCGUCGGCUGGAGAGCACACCCUGGAGGUCAGCGCGGUGAACUCGGUGAGCAGCCAGAGUGUGAGCGUGACGGUGUGGGGCUACCACGCAGUGAGCGGACUCAGCGUGGACCCCCCUGGACUCCUGAGGGUCCUGACCGACUUGGCACAGUCGUUCAAAGCCAAAGUAGAAACGGGUUCUUCUGUGAAGUUCACCUGGAUCAUGGAUCGCCUGGAGGAGUUCCCCUCUGAAGGAGACUCCUACAACGUGGUGUUGAAGAAACCUGGUGACUACAAACUCAAGGUGACCGCGGCCAAUCCGGUGAGCUCCCAGACGCAAGACGUUUUCCUAACCGCAGACGUCAUGGUUCCGCUGGCCAACCCGGAGUUCCUGUCUUCACAGGAAGUGGUUGCUGCAAACGACACACACCUGUACACCAUCAGGGUCCUGGUGGACACCGCUCUGGGGGUGACCUUCACCUGGAGUUUUGGGGACGACAGUGGCCACGUGAGCCACGCUCAUCCAGCUCCGUGUCUGACCAAAGAAGGACUGGUGGAGGAGGGAGAGAGACAGGUGUAUGUUCAGGACUCAAUCAGCCACGCAUACCUCAAGCCUGGUGACCACACACUCCAAGUCCACGUAUCCAACCCCUACGACAGCAUAGAGACUCUCAGGCUGGUGAAAGUUCGUCCCAGGUUAACGCGUCUCCUGCUCUCCUCCUCCCCUGCGGUGACCUCCGUCGAAGAGCCCUUCCUCAUGGAGGUGGAGGUCCACCCCUCGGCCGACGGGGUCUCGUACGUGUGGGACUUCGCUGAUGGCUCCCCGCCGCACCUGGGCUCCUUAGGAAGGAUCAGUCACGUCUUCAGAGCGCUCGGCCUGUACAACGUCAGCGUGCGAGCGGACAACGGCGUGAGCGCCCUGAUGUCCUGGCUGUCGGUCGAAGUGGCCGAGGAGGUUGCGGGUUUGACUCUGAGCUCCAACGGCCCCAACGAGUUGAGCUCCGUGACGGAGAUCCGAGGGGAGGUGGACUCCGGGAGCGGUGUUGUUCUGGAGUUUGAUUUUGGCGAUGCGUCGCCACUGCGGGAUUUGCCCCUAGGUGGCGUCGUGUCCCACACGUACAGGGCUCUGGGGAACUACACCGUCAUCGUGACAGCCUCCAACUCCCUCGGUUCAGUCCGUCAGUCCAUCAACGUUGAGGUCUACAAGUUAGGCAUCAUUGAGAUACUGCCUCGAGAGUGUGUCAGCACUCGUAAGGAGGUACAAUUCACGGCCCUAGUGACUGUGAAUGUAUCCACAUGUACUUUCCAUUGGGACUUUGGAGAGGCUUUGCCUUCCGCUUUGGUGAAAGGAAAGCCCACAGCCACACACACAUACUCAAACCCGGGUGUUUUUCUUGUGAAUCUGACUGUGAACAGUCCUCUCAGCUCUAUGUACCUCAGUGCCAACCUUUGCGUUGAAGACUCAAUAUCGAGCGUGGCUUUGCAAACAUCAAAGAGUGUGGUGGCAGUGGGAGAACGAGUGUGUCUGAUUGUUCUCGUGCUUCCAGAACAAAUCGGUUACCAUUUUUUAUGGCAGAGCUCCCAGAGUCCCUCGAGUGAAGCGGCGAACGCUGACAGGUGUUUUGUCUUUAACAAGGAAGGAAAUGAAGAUGUAUCGGUAAUUGCGAGUAACAAAGUAAGCAGAAAAUCUGCAGAAAUCUCUAUUGUCAUUCAAAGGCCCGUGGGCAAGCCCUCUGUGGCACACAGUGGCCUAAAUGGUGCGCUGACUGUCAACACAACUGCGUCCUUCUGGGUUCACAGCUGCACAGGAACCAAUUACUCGGUUCUCUGGGAUUUUGGUGAUGGUUCCCCGGUGGGGAGUAGCGAGAACGUCUCCCACAUCUUCACCUCCACGGGACAGUUCAUGAUUAUCGCCACAGUGUUUAACGCCAUAAGCAAAACCUCAGCAACCCAGGAAGUGAUUGUUGUACUUCCUGUAAUAGACCUUGUGCUUCGCAGCGACCCACCCUGUGUCGCAGUGUGGGAGGAAACCGUUAUAACAGCAGUUAGCACCACUAUCGGCAGCACCGGAUAUGUCUGGUCGAUCAACGGUGUGACCGUAAACGCACAGGGAUCUCCUCAGCUCAGAUACGUGUUUCCCACGCCAGGAGUGUAUCAGGUCUCGGUCAUGGCUCAGAACCCGGUGAGAAAAAGGCACGCGGCCAUUAUGAUCGAAGCUCAUGAAAGGAUAGAGAGACUUUGUAUCGUGUGUCCCAAUCUGACACUCAUGAAAUACACACCGACGGGGGAGAGUCUGCACUGCACUGCUUCCUUGGCGAGCGGUUCUAACGUCAGCUACAGCUGGUACUCUGUUCACAGAGGAACAAAUCAGUCUGCUGGCCUUGGAGACAGCUUCAGGCUGCCGCUUGAAGCCCCUGGCGAUGUCUUUGUCCAUUUAACAGCCUCCAAUAAGCUGGGUGAGACAACCAGUAAUGUUUCACUCGUGGCAGUAGAGCGGGUAGCGGGUGCAGAGCUAACAACCCCAUCAGACGUCGUGGCUGCAGGGAGACCGGUGAACAUCUCUGUGGGCGUGGCCAGCGGGUCUGACCUCCAGUAUAGUUGGUAUGUCAACGCUGACCUUUCACCCCUUAGGACACACAUACCUUUUCUUCUCCAUAUGUAUGGCCGUUUGGGUCAGCACCAGGUUGAAGUCCGAGUGGAGAACAUUCUUGGUCACGUCAGUGCCACUAAAGAGUUGACGGUUCAGGAGGAGAUACGAGACGUUGACUUUCAAAUCAACCAGAAGCCCAGUCCUUUUUAUAUCUCCGCAGGUGCCGUGGUCUGGCUCUGCGGAGGCCUCCGUACAGGGAGUGAUCUGACCUGGGAGUGGGCAAUAGGAGCUGCUCUGGUUAGAGGCUCCAGCCCAUCAUUGAAUCAUUCCUUUACACAUGAAGGACUCUACAAGGUGUCCCUGAAUGUCUCCAACGGGGUCAAUUGGCAGGCGGUUUCACACAGUGUCACCGUCCAGGAGCCCAUCAGUGGACUGACUCUGGACUUGAACAGGUCCAAUGUCUGCACUCAAGACCCGGUGGUGUUCACCCCACUGGUGUCCACCGGAACCGACGUGAGCUAUAACAUGACGUUUGCUGAAACCGAUUUGGUUGACGGUCUUGUAUUUGUAAAGGACCGGUUUGUCCUGACUGACCUCCCUGUUGGACUGCACGUGGUGACAGUGGAGGCAUGGAACCUGGUCAGCAGUUCAAACGUCACGUCCUCUGUUUACGUGGGUGAGCGCGUCAGUGGUUUGCACAUGGUGGGUUGUUGUUCCGUCACCUUGAGUGCUCGGACUGACACCCGUUUUAAAGCACAAAUCCAAAGUACCUCACCGGCCAUCUACACCUGGACGUUUUCUUUGGAGGGGUCGGAGCCUGUACAGGUCAGCGGACAGGAAGUUACCUUUUCUCCACCUGGAAGUGGCACAUUAUCUGUCCUUGUGGAGGCCCGCAGCGGUGUCUGCUCACAGUCCCUGAAUGACACAUUCCUGGUGGAGUUUCCUGUUCAAGAAGUUCAUCUUCUCUGUCAAUCAGAUGGAACAUUUACCGGACACAUCGUCAAGAUCCUGGCCAGCGUGAUUGGCGGGAGUCACCUCAAGUUCCACUGGGAUUUUGGAGACUCCACUGAAGUUUUGGUUACAGACGAAAACACGGCCAAUCAUACGUACCACACUCCCGGGGUGUUUCACGCCACAGUCAAUGUUUCGAACAAUGUCAGCCAGGUAUGGACUCAGAUCCGCCUGGAGGUCCGUGACCUGCAGUGCGGAGGCCCUCAGGCCGAGUUAGUCCAGAGCCGUCCCACCAUCCUGAGGUCCAGCCCCAGCUACUUCGAAGCCGUCGUGGACGUCAAAAACUGCUCCGCAUACAAGGCUGCAUAUCUGUGGGAAAUACUGAGGAGAUCUGAAGGGGAUCCCGGCGGCACCGCAACCGCGGUGAACCUCAGCAGCAAGGUGUCGGUGACCUCGCCUCUGCUCUCCGUACCGGGUUGGACUCUGGAGGUCGGGCGGUACGACCUGGUCUUUACCGUCUCCCUCCAAGGAACUCCUCUCAGGAUCCAGCGGGGGACGUUGUUGACGGUGGCUCCCAGGUCCCUGGAGGCCGUCAUCAAGGGGGGGUCCGUCAGACUCUGGCCCCCCCUCAGCGACCUCGUGCUGGACGGCUCAGCGUCCCGGGACCCCGACGCUGACCCGGACGCGGAGGACCAGUUGGAGUAUCACUGGGAAUUCACCGAGGAGAGUUCCACAGCGUGUGAGCCUCCAUGUCCACACAUUGACAGAGAGAGAAGGCAAAUGACCGUCCCUGGCAACCAACUGCACAGCAGCAGAGUCUACGUCUUCACCCUCACCGUGCAGACGGCCGGCAAGCGAGCCGUCUCUACAACGCAGACCGUGAGGGUGUGCGAGGCGGGGAAGGUGUUUCCCGUGACGGUGGACUGUGUGUCCUGUUCUUCCUCGGCCUCCUCUUCCUCCUCCCCCUCCCGUCGGGUCAGUUACACUGACCCCCUGGUGCUGUCGGGACUCUGUGAACGGUGUGACGCCCAGGCCCAGUACCAAUGGAAUGCAAAGGACCAGAGCGGGUCGACCUUUGACCUGGACGAGGUCACCACCUCGACGGGGGGGCGUUCCCCUGCCCUGGUGCUCCGCCCCGGAGUCCUGCAGGAGGGGCAGAGCUACACCUUCACGCUGAACUGCACCCAGCCGGAGGCGGGGCUGCGGGGCAGCGGCGGGCUGACCGUGGCACCCCACCCUCCGCCCAGCGGGGGGCGCUGUGUUCUGCUCCCAGGGACAGACGUCAUCCACCCCCUGGAGACACUGGUCUCCUACAGCUGCACCGGCUGGAAGCAUGGGACCAGCGAGGGAUCCCAACUGAUCUACACCUUCCAGGUGGCUCUGUGUGGAUCCAGCAUCACAGCCUGCCCCCUGCUCACGCUCUACCGGGGAACCCGCUCCUCGCUUGGCACGGUGGUCCCGGCCGGUGUCCCUGAGCCGGAGAGGAACGGGACGGCGCUCCCCAUCACCGUACUGGUGGAGGACCAGUUCGGGGCCACGACCAUCGCCCUCCACCGAACUCUGACGGUUGAACGCCAGAGAACGGGCACCGAGGCCAGUGAUUGGCUGAGGAAACGGAGCCAGAGAGAGCUGUGGGUUUUACUCCAACAUGGCAACCCCCAGGAGAGCCUGGCCUACUCGCUGGCCCUCACCAGCCAUCUCCACCAGGUGGAGUCUGGGCGGACUGACACUGCGCCCUGGGACACCAGGGAGAUACGAGCGGGUGUGACCCGCCUGCUGGUCUCUCUGCCUGUCUCUACGCUCUACGACGUCGGCCAAGUGAGCUCAGCGCUGAUCCAGAGCACCGCUGUCUCCAGCAGCGAGCCGUGGUGUGCAGGUUGUCAGGAGAAGGUCCUGGAAGCGGUCGGCAGGAUGGUGCGCGUGAUGGAGGACCACGGGAGGACCCGGACGGCCUCGGUUCUCCGCACGGGGACAAACGUCCUCCACCUGAUUGGUGCUUAUCCUAACAGGCUCGGGGUGCACUGGGUGGACUUAACGGGUCGAACUGGGACGCAGCAUAGCGGUAUAAUGGUAUGGAUUUCUGUAACGAUGUUUCCGAAGGACCAAGAUCGUCAGUCAGCCGUAACGACGUUAGAAGAUGAAACCUCAGGGGGGGUCUUAAUGACGGGCGCUCAUGUCUUUGUCCUGUCGGGUUCCUCAGAUCGCCUCCUGACCGGGACCCCUGAGGCUGGUUCCGCCGGGAGCCCCCCAGCGCCCGGGGCGGCCCUCAGGGCCCUGGGCUACGCCGGGGCCCUUGUCCGGUCGCUGAUGGGGCCCCGCGUCCCGGGAGAGGAGCCCCUCUCUCUCGACACGCCGCACCUCACCGCCCUCGGUUUCCACGGAAACCCCUCCGAGCUGCUGUGCGCCGACGGCGGCGCUCGUCAUAACCCGCCGGGUUCCGGUGCCGGGUUCAGGACGCGCGAGCCGUGCCCCUUCCGCAUCCCCCGCCCCCUGGCGGCCCAGCUGGCCAAUCAGAGCGCGGCGGUGGUGCAGGUGCUUCUGGGACUGGACGGCCCGGCCGGCUUCGCCGAGGCGGACCCGCCCAUCUCCACCGCCGUGGUCGCCAUGGAGAUCAGCACCCCGCAGGGCUGGCCCAUACCCCUCCGUGACCUGCCCCCCGAGCGGGCCAUCCGCCUCGCCCUGCCCAGCCCCCGCCCCGCGCUGCUGACCGGAGGAGGAGGAGAAGGUGGUGGUGGAGGAGGAGGAGGAGGAGGAGGAGGAGAUGGAUCCAACACGUCCGGGGACCCGUCCUGGAUGAGUGUGUUCACCCUGCCCGCCGGAGGCGGGGUCAACUUCACGGUCCAGGCGGUGCACGGCCUGAAGGAGAAGGCAGGGCUGUACCUCAGCCUGAACCUCAGCCUGGUCCCAGGAGCCGGGGCGGCGGGCGCGGGGUGUGUCCGGGUGGAGGUGAGCCCCGCCCUACCGGGCCCCACCCCCCUGGUCCGGGAGCUGAACCUCUCCCUGUCCUCCCCGGCCGGCUCCGUGGAGCAGACCGUCUUCCUCUCCCCGCUGUUAAACCGCACCAAGGGGGCUCUCUCGGUGCGGCUGCAGUCGUCGCUGGACGCGGGCCCCAUCAGGGCCUCUGUGUGUGUCUUCAGCUCCCUGUGUCAGUACUACAACGUGACGGACGGCCGGUGGCGCAGUGACGGGCUCCGGCCACUGGAGGGCAGCACCCUCCGCUCGGCGCACUGCCUCACCACGCACCUCACCAUGUUCGGGGCCAGUCUGUUUGUCCACCCCGGGGCCGUAGUGCUGCUGCCACCGGGGGACGGCGGGGGGCUCAGCGUGGCCGUGGGCCUGGUGUGUGCGGUGCUGGUGUUGAUCCACCUGCUGCUGGGACUCGUGGCCCACGGGCUGGACCACCUGGAGGGCCGGAGGCUGGGCACGGUGCCGCUCUGUGGGCCUGGGGGGGGCUACCGCUACCGGGUCCUGGUGAAGACGGGCUGGAGGCCGGGGGCAGGCACCACGGCCCACGUGGGCGUGUGUCUGUACGGCGCGACCAAGAGCGGCGGGCGCCACCUGCAGAGGGGUGGGGCCUUCCAGCGGGGCGGCCUGGACCACUUCCACCUGGAGACCCCCCACGGCCUGGGGGAGCUGUGGAAGAUCUGCAUCUGGCACGACAACACCGGUCUGGACCCGUCCUGGUACCUGCAGCAGGUGGUGGUCUGGGACCCCCAGACGGACCACCUCUUCUUCUUCCUGGUGGAGGACUGGCUCUCUGUGGGGGGGCACGGCACCGGCACCCUGGAGAGGAGGGUGCUGGCCUCCUGUCCCGAGGAGCUCUCUGGAUUCCGGCGUGUUCUGCGCUCCCAGCUGCUCUACGGGGCGGCGGAGCGCCACCUGUGGCUGUCCCUGUGGACGCGCCCCGCCCACAGCCUCUUCACCCGGGCCCAGAGGGUCACUUGUGGGGCCCUGCUGCUGCACCUCUACAUGGCCCUGGGGGCCGUGUGGCACGGGGCCGUGGGCUCCACCACACACAGGGGGCCGGUGUCGGCGGACAUGAUGCUCAGUGGGGAGACGGUUGCCGUGGGGAUGACCCUGAGCCUGCUGGUGUUUCCUCUCCAGUGUGGUCUCUGUUGGCUGUUCCGGAAGAUACGCGGCCAGGUAACACUCGACCUGUCUGCUCCUUCGUCUCCGGUCUGUCACUCAGUGGAGAUGGACGUCUUCCUCGGCCAAUCAGCUCUCUCCGGCCCAUCCUUCCUGUUUCUGCCGGACAGCUCCCACACCCCCAGACGAGACAGCAGUCCGUCAUCUCUCUUAGGCAGUAAAGCGUUUGACUCGGGCAUCCUGGCGUUCUGGGAGGCGGCGGGCCUCACCCAGGCAGCGCACGGGGGGGGUGGGGGGGGCGGUGACGGGGGCCCCCCCCACGCAGGGGCCCUGGGGGGCUGGCCCUCCUGCGACAGCCUCGCCGAGCUCACCCUCUCCGGCUCCCCCUCGGACACGACCUUCGACCCCUGCCCCGCGACCUUGACCUCCGAGCCCCUCGGCCCGUCUCCGUCCUGCGGGGGCCCGACGCGGCCGCUGAGGAGGAAGAAGGGCCUGACGCUGCCCCGCCUGGCGCCGGCCGGCCCCACCAACGCCGCCGCCGCCGCCACGCUCGGGCUCGGCCCCUUCCCCAUCGGCCCUCUGUCCCCUGCUGGGCGACCGCGCCCCAAAGCGCUGGCCCAGUACCCCUCCCUCACCAACAGCUUCCUGACGCAGUCUGAGGAGAACCUCCUCAGAUCCAUCCACACCGAGGACCCGGAGGACAUGAAGAUCACCUCCUCCACCUCCACCUCCACCUCCGACAGCGGCCGCUACUCCCCACGCGGAUCCUCUUCCUCCUCCUCCUCCUCCUCCUCCUCCUCCUUCACAAACACCCAGAGCAACUCCUGCAGCUCCUGGUCCGACGGCUGGGGGUCAGAGGUCAAAGGUCAGGGGGGGCCCUGGACCCCCGCCUCCCGGUACCGCCCCCCCUCCGCCCAGUCCAUGGUCUCUGUGGCCAGCACCUCCUUCCCCUCCCGCCCCCCCUCCUCCCUCACCCUCCUCUCCGUGGCCAGCACCUCCCUCCCCAGCCCCUCCCCCGAUCACCCCCGCUCCCCGUCGGCCACGCGUAUAGGCGUGGCCCGGGGUCCGGCCGGCUGGCUGCUCCCCGGCUGGGCUCUGCGCGUGGUCUACCCCCUGGUGGCGGCGGUGCUGGCGGCCUGCCUGGGCUGCGUGGCGCUCUACGGCCGCGCCUUCCCCCGCGCGGUGCUGCUCCUGUGGCUGGCGUCCGUCCUGACGGCCUUCCUGAGCUCCGCGCUGCUGCUGGAGCCGCUCAAGGUGUGCGUCCAGGCCCUGCUCUACACCGUGCUGUGGCGGCCCGUGGACCCAGAGGUUGAGGAGCUGCUGUCCCGGGAGGCCGUGGUCUGGAGGCCCGAGGUGGAGCCUGGGGCCACAGUACGCCCGCCGUGGGGAUACAGCCUCCUGCAGGCCAGGCAGGAGGCGCAGAAGGCCUGGGCACUGCGCUCCCUCAUGAAGCACUGUGUGGGUCAGCUGUUGUUCCUGCUACUGGUUCUACUGGUGAACUACCAGAGCAGCCCCGAAGAGGGCCUGGGCCGGAUGCUGCGGGCCAGCACCCAGCGGGCCCUGAACACAGCACCCACGGGUGGCCCCAACCUCACCUCACUCACAUGCUGUCCGGAGGCGUGGCGGUGGAUGGACCGCGUCCUGGCGCCCCUCCUCCACCCCAACCCAGGGCCCGUGAGGCUGGUGGGGUUGCCACGGUUGCGGGUCACGCCCCACCUCGGAGGCGCCGCCCAGGUGGUCGCCCUGGGCAACGGCAGCGGGGCCACGAGACGCCUGCUGGGGGAGCUGUCCGAGGGGGGAGGGGCCACAGCACAGUUCAGGCUGCUCUCGGUGGACUUCACGCUGGCCCACCCGGAGACGGGCCUGCUGGUGUGUGUGAGCCUGCAGCUCAGGUGGUCUCCUCCUCAGAGGGUCGCCCCCUCCCUGUCCGUCCACCCCCUCCUCGUCCCCCCGGACCCCGGCCCCCACCUGCAGCUGGCCCUGACGGUCCUCCUCCUCACCUCGGCCCUCCUCCUGCUGGCCGGUGAGAUGCACGCCAUGGCUACUGAGCGCGCUCAGUACAUCCGGCAGGGCGGCCAUUGGCUCCAGCUCUGCCUGGCCUCGUUGUCCAUAGCAACAGCGAUACUGCAGCUGCAAUGCCAAUCUCGUGCCUCCGGCUGUGUCCAGCAGCUCCGGUCGGCGGAGGACACCUUCGUGGACUUCCACAGUGUUGCUCUUCUGGCUGCCCGGGCGUCCCAGCUGGCUGCUGUCCUCCUCACUCUGGUGCUUCUGAAGCUGCUGGGGGCCGUGGUGGCGGGGUGCCGGUGGGUGCUGCUCCCCAGGGUGCUGGCGUCGGCGUGGAGGGAGCUGGGAGCUGUGGUCCUCUUGCUGCUGCUCCUCCUGACGCUGGGGGCGCACGGCGGCCUCGUGGUCUUCUCCUCCUCCACGGAGGGCUUCAGCUCCCUGCGUGCGGCGGGGGUCUCCGCCAUGGCCCUCCUGCGGGGCCGGCUGGUCCUUCGCCGGCUGAGCAGGGCCCACCCGGUCCUGGGGCCGCUCUACGCCCUCCUGCUGACGGGGGCCGGCCUCUGGCUGCUGGCCCGGCUGAGUGGAGCUCUGCUGAUCCACAGCUACAGGACAGUGAAGGCGACGCAGCGUCCCGUACCCCAGGACCCCGACAUGCUGGAGUUCUUCAUCAAGAGGCUCAAGCUGUGGACCGGCCUCACCAAGGCCAGAGAGUUCCGGCACAGGGUCAAGUUUGAAGGCAUGGGGUCGCCUCCUUCCAGGGUCGACUCCCGGCUCUCCUCCAGGGUCGACUCCUCCCCCUCCACCCUAUCGGUGCGCUCCGAGGACUCGUGGGCGUCGCCCGGCCCCGGCCCCGCCCCGGGGGCCCGCCUCCUGCCCGGCGUGGACGCCCUGCUGGCCGCGUUCGAGCGAGUGAACCGCGUCACGGAGGAGGUGUGCGGCCUGGAGCUCAGCCUGGAGGAGGCGCAGGGCCGGGCCAGGGAGAGGAGGAGGAGGAGGAGCAGGGAGGGGAGGACGGAGGACACCGAGGAAGAGGAGGAGGAGGAAGAGGAGGAGGAGGUGGUGGAGGAAGGAGGUGAUGGAGGCGGAGCUGAGGAGACGGCGUCCGGGGCGCCGCGUGAAGGAGCAGGAGGCGGAGCCACCAGAUGCAGGAGGGCGAGCGUGCUGAACCCCCGCCGGCCCAGGGCCUCGCUGCCGACCUGCGCCUCCUUCGACUCCUCCCCCCUCCGGGCGUCGCCCCUCCCCCGCCUGCGGAGCUCCGCCUCCGAGUCCCGCUCGGCCGGGCCCCCGCUGUCUCGCCUCCCCGCCGACGCUCCCCCCUCUGGGGCCUACAUCCAGGAGGGGGGGUACAUCCAGGGCCCAGGGGCCUACCUGGGGGCCUCCCUCCAGGGCCCUCCACCCGGCGUGGAUUCCCUCCCCAGGAGGAGGGCCUGGCACUCGGGGAGCUCACAGUGGUCCAACGGGGCCCCUGGGGGCCCGGACGGGACUGGGGCGUCUGGCCCCUGGUGCGGAGGGGGCCCCCCGGCGCCCGGCCGACCCAGGAGCGAGGAGACCUCCAGGGGGUCGGCCGGCGACGGAGCCCCCGUCAAGAGGAAGGCCUGGAGCUCCGACGGAGCAGAGAGCCAAUAGGCAGACAGGAGGGAGAGCCAAUGAGAAACGACCUCGUUGGUGUUACUAACGGGAGAACGCUGUAUUAUCAAUAGAAUUAGGAGUCUAGUUGACGAGGUUUCCGCUGAUGUCUACCUCUUUGGUUCUAUAAAGUUUUGUUCCAACCGAUGUUGUAGAGCUACUUAGUGUAAUACUUGUGAACACAUACAUAUUUGUUUUGUAAAAGAGAUAUAUAUAUUAGUAUAAAAUAAAGAUAAGUGACCUCA